AACCGUCACAUGGCCGAACCGGGUCCACGGCGGCUAUUUAAGGGGCGGCCGCGAGCCUUCAGCACCACUUCGCUGUCCACGGUCCCGAGGAGCGCACACGCACACACCCGACGACGAACGGCGCGCCGGCUUCGACUUCAACCGCACUGACCAACCCGUUUGCAAACAUGCCGCGGUCUUUUCUCGUGGAUUCCUUGAUUUUAAGGGAGGCCAACGACAAAGGGACGGAGAGUAACGCGCCUCUAUUCCCGUACGCCGUGCACUCGCCGCACCACGCGCACGGACUGCCGGGCUCCUGCCACUCCAGGAAAGCCGGGCUGCUGUGCUUCUGCCCGCUGUGCAUGGCCGCCUCCCAGCUCCAUCCCUCUCCCCCGGCGCUGCCGCUGCUCAAGACGUCCUUCCCUCCCUUCAGCUCCCAGUACUGCCACUCGGCUCUAACCCGGCAACACUCUUCAUCCAACAGCGUCAGCCUCAGCCACGGAGCGGGGAUUUACCAGGCCGCCUACACGGUGCCGGAUCCGCGGCAGUUCCACUGUAUCUCUAUCGAAAACAGCAACGGCAAACUUCAGAGCAGCAAGCGCAUGCGCACCGCCUUCACGAGCACACAGCUUUUGGAGCUGGAGCGCGAGUUCACGUCCAACAUGUACCUCUCCAGACUGAGGCGCAUCGAGAUCGCCACGUACCUGAACUUGUCCGAGAAACAGGUGAAAAUCUGGUUCCAGAACCGCAGGGUGAAGCACAAAAAGGAGGGGAAGAGCAGCGGCCAAAGGACUGGAUCACAUAACUGCAAAUGUUCCUCAUUGUCGGCCGCGAGAUGCUCAGAGGAAGAGGAGGAUGACAUUCCCAUAUCGCCCUCGUCUUCCGAAAAGGAGGACGUGGACCUUUCCGUCUCCCCAUGAACUCUCUUCAGCUUCGUCUCUGAAAGAUUUUGGUCCUCGUGAUUUUAAAUACAGCCAAAAAGGACUGUUCCACCUGUGUUCAGUCGCCUGUACAUAGACAGAGAAUAUUUAAUCAGGGACUUGCCCUGAAACAUUGUAUAGCUGUAUACAUGUUGUACGUUUUGUAUGUAGUUUUUUUCUGAAAACGGUCAAUUUGUUGUUGUCAAUCGGAUAAACACGAGAGGCACAUUUGUAAAAACAAACCCAAAUGACGAAAACAAUAUCAACAUUGUUUAUUAGUAACUUUGGGAGUAUUUUGCAUAAAUGGCGAAUACUGGUUAGAUUCAUUCUAUGUGGAUGGAACUGUGACUUAAAACGUGGAACUCGCAAGAGAAAUUCCUUCACUGUCACGUCACCGAGAUCACUCUGAAAUUUUAUCGUCAGUGUAAUUGAAGAAUAUUUAUUUAUUUAAAAAUGUUGAUACUUAAAUAAAAAUAUUUCUGAGCCGUAGACAA